AUGGGGUCGCUGCCAACAGAACGUCCUUUGAAAGUGAUCAUCGUGGGAGCAGGGUUGGGGGGAUGUGCCACCGCUCUGGCCAUGCACCAUGCCGGGUUCGAAGUGGUCAUGUUUGAAAAGGUAGGAGAGUUUCUGCGGCUGGGCGACUCGCUCGGCCUGGGCGAGAACGCGCUGAAACUGCUGGACCGGUGGUCGCCGACACUGCGAGCGCGGCUCGUCGACAUCGGCAACAAGUCGGAGCUGAUGCAAAUCCGUCGCUGGCACGAUGGCAAAGUGCUGGCCCGGCAGCCGUUGAUGGACAUGGCCGGCUUCAUUGGCCACCGAGGAGACUACCAUCGAGCGUUUCUGAACGCGGUGGCGGAACAGGGGGUGCCUCUUCACAUGGGGAGCGAGGUGGUCGAGUACGACGACACCAUGCCGUCGGUGACACUGAAGAACGGCGAGCGACAUGUUGCGGACCUAAUUGUCGCGGUGGACGGCAUCAAAUCCCGCGCGCGAGAACUCGUACUCGGGUUCGACGACCACCCCAAAUCGUCGGGCUACGCGUGCUUCCGGGCGUUUUUCGAGGCGGCGCACCUGCGCGGUGACCCGCUGACGGCCGAGUUCGUGGAGCGCGAAUGCGUCAACAUCUGGAUCGGACGCGACAAACACCUGGUGCAGAACACGCUGCGCAACGGCGCCGAGGUCAACUGGAUCCUCACGCACAAGGACACGGCCGACAUCCAAGAGUCGUGGUUCCAGCCGGGCAACAUGCACGAGGUGCGCCGGCUGGUCGAGGACUGCGACCCGCGCAUCGCCGCCGUGGUGCGCAAGACCGACGCCUGUCUGGACUGGAAGAUCUGCUACCGCGACCCCAUCCCGACUUGGGUCAGCAAGAACCAUCGCGUCGUCUUGGUCGGGGACUGUUGUCAUCCUCAUCUGCCCACCAGUGCCCAGGGGGCCAGCCAGGCUACUGAGAGCGCGGCCGUGCUGGCGCAGUGUUUGCUGCUGGGGGGGAGGGAGAAUAUUCCAUUGGCGACCCGAGUCUACGAAAAGAUCCGCUUCCCUCGCGUCCGUCGAGCCCAGACCAACGGCGAAGACGUCCGAGACCGAUGGCACAGCGCAUUAGACAAAGUGCGCGACGGCCAGGAGAUUGAGCGAGAUAGUAUUUUGAUCAAGAACCACGUCCUGUACGACUACGACGCCGAAGCGGACACCAAGAAGCGUUGGCCUGAGUUGUCGGCCCUGGUGAGUGAGGAGCUCAGGACCGGCCAGAUCACGCCGUUGUGUUGA